UAGUUGGCUUAGACUCCCCUCCCCUCAUCACACACUGCCCCCCUCCCCUCGAGGUUCCCCCACAUCUCCCUUUGCCCCUUCCCCCGUUCCCCACCCCUAAUAUUAAUGUCUGUCGGGACCCGGCUCUGAGCAAUCCUGCAGCUGCUGAGGGGUGCCAGUCUACGACGGAGCUGCGCAAAGAGAAGUCGCGGGACGCGGCGCGAUGCCGCCGGAGCAAGGAGACGGAGGUGUUCUACCAGCUGGCCCACACCCUGCCCUUCGCCCGGGGGGUCAGCGCCCACCUGGACAAGGCCUCCAUCAUGCGCCUCACCAUCAGCUACCUGCGGAUGCACAAACUCAUCACCUCGGAGGAGUGGCGUGGGCAGCCGGAGCAGGUGGACGCCUGUUACCUGAAGGCCCUGGAUGGUUUCGUCAUGGUGCUGACGGAGGAGGGCGACAUGGCUUACCUGUCGGAGAAUGUCAGCAAGCACCUGGGGCUGACCCAGCUGGAGCUGAUUGGACACAGCAUCUUCGAUUUCAUCCACCCCUGUGACCAGGAGGAGCUGCAGGACGUGCUGAGCCCCCGGCAGGGCUUCUCUAAAAAGGAGGUGAUGACGGAGCGCAGCUUCUCCUUGCGCAUGAAGAGCACCCUGACCAGCAGGGGGCGCACCGUCAACCUCAAGUCGGCCACCUGGAAGGUGCUGCAUUGUGCCGGCCACAUGCGGUCCUACACGCCGGCACGGGAGGGCCCGGAGGAGGCAGAGGGGGGGUAUGCGGAGCCCCCGCUGCGCUGCCUGGUGCUGAUCUGCGAGGCCAUCCCCCACCCCGCCAACAUUGAGACCCCCCUGGACAGCAGCACCUUCCUCAGCCAGCACAGCAUGGACAUGAAAUUCACCUACUGUGACGAGAGGAUCGCGGAGGUGGCGGGGUACACGCCCGAUGAGCUGCUGGGCUGCUCCAUCUACGAGUACAUCCACGCCCUGGACUCCGACGCCGUCAGCAAGAGCAUCCACACCUUGCUGAGCAAAGGGCAGGCGGUGACGGGCCAGUACCGUUUCCUGGCCAAGAGCGGGGGCUACCUGUGGGCCCAAACACAGGCCACCGUUAUCUCCAACAGCAAGAACUCUCAGCCCGAGAGCGUUGUCUGCGUCCACUUCGUCCUCAGCCAGGUGGAGGAGACGGGCAUGGUUCUGUCGCUGGAGCAGACCGAACGCCAGGGUGAGGGGCGGCGCCUGCCACCGGAGCCUAACCCUGCCCACCAGGCCAACGGGAGCCCUGAGGAACUGGAGCCAGACACCGGGGAGACCAUCCUCAACCUCAGCUUCGAGCGGCACGGCCCCCGGCUCUUGGCCUUCCUGCGCCCGGCCCACGUGAGCGAGGUGGAGCUGCAGCGUGACCCGCGCCGGUUCUGCAGCCCCGACCUGCAGCGGCUGCUGGGACCCAUCUUCGACCCACCUGGAGCCCGCGCCAACAGGGAGGGGGCCCCGCGGGCACGGUCCUCCCCUCGCCCCCCGAAGGCCGGCGGGCCACCCCAGGACUCUGCCAAGAGCACCGCCCCGGCCGAGCUGCUCUUUGACAUGGAGAACGUGCAGAAGCUCUUCGCCUCCACCCAGGAGGCUGUGGAGACGGUGCUGCAGGAUUACGAAGCGCUCGACCUGGAGAUGCUGGCUCCGUACAUCUCGAUGGACGAUGAUUUCCAGCUCAGUAGCACCGACCAGCCCCCCUGGCUGGCCGAGAAGCGGGGUGAUCCUGCCGUGGCCAGGGGAACAGGCCCCCCGCUGCCAUCUGCCUCGCCCCCACCGCGUCCUCGCUCCAGCAGCUUCCAUGGGGUGUCUGCCCGCGAACCCGACCUGCCCGGCCUUCCCCGCUGGGGCAGCGAGACCAGCCUGAGCCAGCCCCGGUCCCUCCAGCCCCCAGAGGAGGAGCCCAUGGAGCUGGAAGGGCCUGGGUCACCACCAACAGCACCCCCAGGAGACAGCCGCAGGGAUCACCCUGCCUCACACCUGGGGGCUAGGAAGAGGGCCUUGGAGCUGAACCUGGAGGAGGAAGGAGCCGACUUCCUGGAGGCAGCCCCCCUGAAGCGUGCCCACGGCUCCGAACCCGAUGGCUUCCUGUUGCCCUCCCUCAACCUGGGUUUCCUGCUGAGUGUGGAGGAGGGGCUGGACGCCGGGGUUCCCCGGGGCGGCAUGGUGCUAGGUCGGAAGCUGCUGGCCCUAGAGGAACCAAUGGCCCUGCUGAGUGACAUGCUGCCCUUCGUGGUGGAUGGUCCAGCGCUCUCCCAGCUGGCCCUGUACGACGGUGAGGAUGAGGCCUUGGAGCAGAGCGGCGGGCACUUCCAGCCGGGCGAAGAGCUCCUGGGGGAGCUGGACCAGGCCACCUGAUGGGUCGGGCUCUCGCCCGACCCUCCCACUCCGCAGAUGGGACAAAUGGAACCAAACCCGACCCCAGUCCGUUCCAGGGUGAGGCACCUGCCUCUCCCUGCCAUCCCCCCACCAGCAACACUCACCUGCUCGCCUUCCCCUACGGGGCCCAGAGAAUGCUACCUACCUCAGCCCUGCCCCUGCCCCCCCAACCGGGCAUUCUGUUCCUUAGGCCUCCCUCCCCCUGAAAUAUUGGGGUGUGUCAGGGAGGGGAGCUCACCAGCCCUGCCCUGGGGUGUGAGGAGAGGCAAAUCUCCCUUUAAUGCUGGCUGCCCCUUAAUGGUGCUGGGGGAAAUCUGUCCCCUAGGGGUGACACUGGGAUUGCAAUAGAAGCCAACCAAAUGGGGGAGGGGGCAGUCCCCCCCCCCCCCCGUGCUCUGGAGCCAUGUCUGGAUGAGGGAGCCAGGCUGUCAUGCUGGCUGGAUCUUGGCCCCAAUUGGGGCAGACCCCAAUAGAGGGAUGUUGACGGGGCUGGUGAUGGGGUACGGACAGUCCCCCUCAUCCUUCCUGCUCUGGGAAGGGUGCAGGGUGGGGUCCCUUCCUUCAGUGCGGUCGAGGGGAGUCGAGAUUUGCUCUCCCUAUGUUCCGCUCACCUCACCAGACCCCCACAUCUUUCCCUGCCCUAUCUGGGACCACCCUGGGGGGUUGGGGUUGCUCAUACUCCCCUUCCCCAGUCCUUACCUAGAAUCCUCCUGGUGCCUCUUGCCACAUUUACCUCAGCAACGCCGUCUCCUCUUGCCCCCCGUGGGGGGAGGAGCACAAUGGGGGGCCCAAGGGACGACACCCCAUCAAUCGCCAACUGGCAGCUGUUUUUCCCCCUGGCAGAAUUUGGCCCUAGGACCCCAAAUCUCUCCAUUUUUUUUAGUGGCCAAAACGGUGGCCACUCGGGAUUGUGUUUCCAAACCAGUUUCCCCAUCUGAGCCUCAUGGCCCUGAAUGGUCAUUUUCCAGCUGGCGGCUCCCACAGUCUGUAGCCACAGCCCCCUCGCUCUGCCUAAGAGGGGACCCCAUUUUCCGGGGGCGGUCCUGGAAUGAGGGUGAUCCAUCCUGCACCAGGUGUGUUCCUUUGGCUUUCCAGGAUGUUCUGGCAAAGGGGGGGUGUUAUUUCAUAAGGGGGGGCAGAGAAUUCUAUUUUCAAAAGGGUUAUUUUUAAGCUUUGUUUCUGGUUGAUCUGGGAGCAAGGGACUCUCCAGCCGCCUUCUAGCGUCCGAGUCCAGGCUCGGAUCCAAUUCUGCUCAUGCUGACUCCCCUGCCCGCUUUGAACAAUUUUUUUAGUCACAAUGGGAUGUUUUCCUAAAAGCUCUGCUCUGGUUCAAACAGGGCUGAAUCGAUCAGACUAGAACAGUGGUUUUCAACCCGUGGGCCGCAUGCCCCUAGGGGGUCUGCAGCCUGAUUCUCAGAGGAGUCUGCAUCUCCAUUUGAAAUGUUUUUAAGAGUCUGUCACAGGUUGGAAACCGCGGGCCCAGCUGAUCGCAGCAGCCCCGCCUGGCCUUAUGAAUGUGUCAGGUUGGGUUUUUACUGGUAGCGUUCUACUGGUCCAAUCUCGAAUGUGGAUGCAAUUAUACUUGGAUUAAGUUAAACCCGUGAAGCAUAUUCUCCUUGGUAUACAGGAUAAGCCCUAGGGGGUGUUGUACUGCAUUCAUUACACCAGUGUAGUUAAGGUGGAGUAAUUAUUGUGUGACAUAAACCUCUGUUUCCCUGCCUAAUCAGUUCCACUUCUCCAGCCCUUGGGUCGCCGGGGGGGGGGGGGAAAAUUGAACUAGACUUAUAUUUAAAGUCCAUUUUCACUGAUCCCCUUUUCAAAGCCACUUAGCGGGAAAGUUCCACCAUGAUUUGAAUUCUUUGAACAAAAGUUGGGGAGAACGAAAGUUGUGGGGGGUUUUAUUGGUGUUUUUUUUUUUUUCCUUUACCAAACCCAGAUGUGAGGACUUGCUUCAGUGGAAAAUCUCUUGUUUGGUAUUAAAUUGGAUUUACAGGAAUGGUGGCAGCGGUGGGACAGGGGACGAUGCUUCCACCCUGGGUCCUUGUGCCACCACUUGCGCUAGUGCAGAGCCUACGCUCCCAGCUGGGCUCGCAGGGCACUGGGGUUGAUGGUUGCACAAGGCGCAAUUCAAGCCCCAUUUUGUUUUCCUUAAUGGCAGUGGGUUUUGUUUUUCCUUUUCCCACAGAUGUUCCGUUUAAGCAAUGAUGGACAUGCCUCCUCUACCUCCCCCUUCCUACCGUAUUUCCCUGCGAGGCCUACCCCGCCCCCCAGAGUUAUCUUUCCCGAUGCCAGUUGCCGGGAAGUAGGGUUGCCAAUUUUGAUUGGACGUGUUCCUGGAGCUUUGAUCACUUGACAUAAUCUUUAAAGAUUCAUCUUGAAUUCCUGGAGACCCCAGGACAAUCCCAGAUGGUUGGCAACCCUAGCGGGAAGUGGGGUGAGGGAGGGGAAAGAGAGGGCUGAGCCAAGCCCUGCGUGAGGCGCCAUGUUUCAAUACCGACUGUUAAUCGCGUUGCGAACGCAACACACCCACCCACCCACACGCACAAUCUGUAGACGGGCUCCGCCCACCCAGGCAGCUGUUCAGAGCCGCACAUGGCCACGCGCACAGACCGACGGCCUUCUCCGAGCCUGGAGGAGGACGUGCCAAGGGCUGGGGGGUGAGCAGGGCCAUGUGCCCCUUUCUCCGGCCGCGGCCCUGCCCCGCCCUUCCAGCACCGGCAUUUUUGGUUUUAUUUCGUUGAUUUCAUUUUCCAAGACUGUGGUGCUCAUUUUUACUUCUUGUCCUUUGUUAUUAUUGUAGGGUUAGCGUUUUCCUUCUUGUCGGGUUGUUACGCGCACACACCCCACCCCCCCUCAAAGCCUGGUGACUCCCCCAGCCAGCCCCACCGUUGGGGGUGUCUGAUGCCGCCUUCCCACCUACCUCUUUGAUUACUUCCCCAUUAGCAACCUGCCUGGUACAUGGCAAUGGGGAUCCAAGUUAGCCCUCCAAUAUCCCUGGGGUCUUUACCCUACCCCAUGGCAGCUAGUCCACACCGGGGCAACCCUCUUUCAGGAGCACCCCGUUUUUAAUUAGGGGGGAUUAGAAGUACUAUGACUUGGGUCCCCUCUUUCCCUCCUGUAAUGGGGGGGGGGAAUCUGGGGGAGAUGGUGGAGCAGGGGGAUACCCCAGUAGAACUUGGAACCCCCCUGCAUUGUUGUGCAUUAGAGCUGAGCAAUUUCUUCGGCGGGGGCAGAGCUCUUGGCCUUGUGUAUCUUGGCUCCUUGCAGCCCCACCCCAAACUUUGUCUCCCCCCUCUGAGCCAGGAAGCCCAGGGUUUAACAGCCUGGAGCUGGGGCAAUGUCCGAUUCGGAUCUUGCUGACCCCUUGGGAAUCAGGAGCGACCUCACUGAAGUCUAUGGAUGUUAAUCAGGAAUGACUCCAGUGAGGUGCUGGAAGAUCAGGAUCGGGUCACCCAGAGGAGGGAUUUCUGGCAAAGGAGGUGAGGGGGGCAGCCCCCGGGGGGGGGGGUUGGCGCCAGGCUUUGAGGGGGGGUGUAUUUUUUUCUAUUGUCUCCUGUUCCCGUGUGCGGCUGGUUUCUUUUGGGGCCGGACUGUCCUCCGGCGCCCUCUGGACCUAUCAC